GGUUACGGGCCGACCAGGGGCUAAAGGAAUCUGACAGGCCCCCUGCGAAAGAAAAGGCAGACCCAAGCGGAAAGAAAUGUGGGGAUUCUGCCAGACUCUUAGGGAAUGGUUUCAUACCCAGCUAAGGCCUGAAGCGUGGCCCGUUGAUAGCCGCAGGGAACUGCGGCUCGGAAAUUGCGUGGAGUUUACUUUGAGAAGACCGCCAGUUCCUUCGCCCCGGCCUUUUCUGACUUUCUGUCCAGUGCCUCUUCCACAGCCCAUUGGUGGAGCCCGUAGGUAGUGCCUAGUGUGGACCUGGGAGAGCCCGGACGCGGACAGCGUAAUCACCGCCCUUGUCCUUAGGGAGCUCAGUCCCAGGUCUCUGAUGUUCCUCAUAUACUCAGACACGUGUGUGGUGUGAGUUGUGAAAGAAUCCUAUAGUCCUCCGUGAACCUUCUCCCUACAUCCCUUCCAUCUUACCCAUCUCAUUAAACUAUCCCCUCAAGUCAUACAUUUGGUUCAAGCCAGACUUAUGGGAAUCAUGCCUGACGUUUUCACUCGUCUUCAUUUCAUUCCUAAGUCUUAUCAGUUCAUCUUAGAAAACAUCUCAACUCAGAACACUUGUCUAAAGCUGCAAUCUUUGGUUUUUGCAGUAACUUUCUAUCUGUUUCCACAGACAUUCAUUCCACAAACAUUAACUAAGUGCCAGUUAUGUGCAGGCACCAUACUAGGUGCUAGGGUGACAAUGAGAAAUCAGGUAAGCAUGGCCCUGCCCUUUAGUUUCCUCCAGUCCAAUCUCCAGACUGAGUCAGAUCUUCCUAAAUGAUAAUGUCACUUUGCUGAGAAUCCACCAGGUGCCCAUUACCCUCUGAAAUUCUAAGUUCAUUACUGCAGCUUUUGGAGCCCUUCCUAGUCUCCCUGUCUGGCUUCAUCUUGAUCCACUCUCUCCCUCUUGCUCAUUUUUUUGAUCACACUAGUCUUUCAGUUCUUGGAAGAUGUCAGGAUUUUUUUCUAGCCUCAGGAUGUUCCCACAUGCUGCUUCUUCUGCUUAAAAUGCCUCCCUUCUGCCUUUACUUAACAAACUUUUUGACAUCCUUUAGGUCUCAGUUUAAACAUCACUUUUUCAAAAGGCCUUUACUGACCUCUUUCUGCUCCAUGAGUUAUGUCCUGCUGCUUCUUUACAUAGCCCCACGUGCUUUUCCUCACACUAUUAUUAUAAUUUGUGAUUAGUUUACUCUCUGUCCAGAGAUAUUUUCAACAGCACUUUAUCCCCAGAGCAGGGACUUAGGAGUUUCUCAAUAAACGCACACUCUCAGGUAAGGCAGUGGAAAUUGACAUGUUUGCUUCAUCAUAUUAUAUGGAUCUUUCUAGAGCAUCUGGUUUGAUCAGUUACCUGGUUAAGUACUUCGACUAUAUGUCUAAAUAGAACAAGCAGGAAGACAGAUUUUUUUUUUUAAAAAGCCCAAUUAUAAGGAAGCUUUGAAUGAUUAAAACGUUUAAAAAGAAAGAUGGUAACUCACUUUAGUUGAUUCCAGUGCAGCCAAAGGCCAGAGUCAUAUACAGAGAUCCCAAAGACAUGUAGUAGUUGACUCACACAGUGCUGUGGCAACAGUAGGACUUUAAUUCUUUUAUUUCUUUAUUUUUUGGUACUGGAGAUAGUACCCAGGGUCUUGCACAUGCUGAGCAUGUGCUUUGCCACUGAGCAGCAUCUCCAGACCAAGGGACUUAAUUCUGUCCAAAUAUUGUUCCUCCUGUGGUGCACCUGUUUCUGAUAGUCACUCUCAGAAUCAUCUCAUUCAGAAAUAAACUUCUCUAACAAAGCUGAAAGGGAAACAGGUGUAGCUGGGGGAGAUGGGAGCAGAGGAAAGAGGUGGUGCAGAGCCAGGUGAUGACUGUCUUUGGAACACCCAGGUUUUGGAAUAGGCAUAGCAGCCAAUGGCUAGACCUAAUUAGCAUUUCCUCCUUUUCUCUUUUCUUUUUUUGUGGUGUUGAGAAUGGAACCCAGGCACCCCACCUCCCCUGCGCUUGCUACACAGGUGCUCUACUGGGCUAUACUCCUAUUGCCUCCCUUUUUGAAUAGAUCAUGCAUGCUUCAUUUAUUUUUAGUAUUAAAAAAUUGAUUUUUGAGCCAGAAUGAGGGUGAGUUUCCAGUUUCCUUCUCGGAACUGAGGCAUCCUUUCAAUGAUGUUGUACCUGUGUCCAUGCUGCUUUCUCUGCUAGGAAUGCCUUUCCCUGGCCUCCUUAUUUGGUAUGUUCUUGCCGAUACUUCAUUCUAUUUUGUGUUUUCUGCUAGGAAGAGACUGACUCAACUUUGGUUCCCAUUUCAGGCAACUGUACAGUGUCUUGCAUCGUACGUUUUGGGUAAUAUUCUGACUCAUAGCUUAUUUUUUAACCCUUUAAAUUUACCCAGAUUUUAAAAAUUUGCUUUUUGUGUUAUUCCACAAACAAAACAUGUAUUUGAAAAGCCUUUUUGGGUACAUAAAUGGGGAUAUAUAAAUAUGUCUAUGGCUCAUAACACUUCUGAUGUCACUCAAGUUAACUGGCUCUGUUCUCUUCCUGUUCUUUAGUGAUAUUUCUGUAAAGCACUUAACAGCAUAAUUUUUCAGUUUACGUGUCUGUCUUCCUCCAGCUAAACUAUGUGCUCCUCCAGGGCGGGCACCAUGUUGCAUUCAUCUCUGUACCCCCAGCAUCUAGCAGUCUUGGCAUGUAGUAGGCACUCAAGAAAUGUGUGUUGAAUGAACGAUGCCUGUGACAAGCAACUGGACUUUAUUCUUUCCUGACCCUUGCUCCUAUGACACACCUCUUCUGCCACUGUCACCCCUUCAGAACAGAACUUCUGUAGGGAACCUGGAAGGGAAACAGCUAUGGCCAAGGACAUCCUGGGUGAAGCAGGGCUGCACUUUGAUGAGCUGAACAAGCUGCGGGUGUUGGACCCAGAGGUUACCCAACAGACCAUAGAGCUCAAGGAAGAGUGCAAGGAAUUCGUGGAUAAAAUUGGCCAGUUUCAGAAAAUAGUUGGUGGUCUAAUCGAGCUUGUUGACCAACUUGCAAAAGAAGCAGAAAAUGAAAAGAUGAAGGCCAUUGGUGCUCGGAACUUGCUCAAAUCUAUAGCAAAGCAGAGAGAAGCCCAACAGCAGCAACUUCAAGCACUAAUAGCAGAAAAGAAGAUGCAGCUAGAAAGGUAUCGGGUUGAAUAUGAAGCUUUGUGUAAAGUAGAAGCAGAACAAAAUGAAUUUAUUGACCAAUUUAUUUUUCAGAAAUGAACUGAAAAUUUCAUUUUAUACCAGGAAGGCAAAAAAAGGCCCCCAAACCAAAAAACCUCUGUACCAUUCCAGUGACUGGACUAAUGACCUACAUGUCUUGACAGUGUGUAAGGAACACUACCCUCUGAGGGCAGUAAUGCAGUCCAGGGGUAGGACUGGAAUGAGUCAUCAGUGAACAGCUACUGCCAGUGGCCAUGAAGGGCAGGCUCUGUCCUCUUACAUUCUUAGUAUGAAUGAAGCAGUCUGUAUACUUUGAUCCUCUUUUUUGUAAAUUCACAAAACUUGGAAAGAAAAGCAAUAAACUAUCAUUUUCAAAUGGC